CCACCUCCUCCCUUGCGCAAUACCCGAAUAAACCCUACUCCUCGAGCCAACGCCCUCCAAUUUACCUUCUUCCUCUGCUCUUCCCAUGCCGCUCCACAUUAUGAAUCUCCUCACCACCCCGCCUUUCUCUCUCAUCCCUCCCCAUUCUCCGUACCUUCUCUCCCCGCCACCUCGCAUCCUCUCGCUCUCACUGUCCUUUUCAAGCCUCUUCUCAGUUACAGUUCCCCUUACAAAUUACAACCAAAAAUUCAAAUUAACCCCAUUACCACCGCAUCUCAAGGGGCCGCAUUCCAUGGUUGCGGACCUUAGUCCCUAUAUUUACAUGUCAGUUCUCCUUUUCCCCUCCAAAUAUAGCUUCUAGAUUCGUCGUGGCGUCCCGUUAGGCUCCUAAACCUCUCUCACCUUUUUUUGGGUGAAGAUCCGCGAAGCUUGCGGCGAUAGAGAAAGGAAUGAUGGAGGGUUAGUUGCCGGGAAGAUAGUUAGAGAAAGAAGAAGAAGAGAGAUUUGAUUGUGAUCCGGUGCCGCAUUGGUGGCCGCCGGGCUAGAAGUGUGCCGGCGAACAUCAGUGGCAUGGCCUCAGCUUCAAGUAAUGGGGAGAUCCCUAAAGGUAAUAUGUGGGAUCUCGACCAGAAGCUUGACCAGUCCAUGGAUGUAGAGGCUGGAAGGAUACGGAGCCUGUACAGGGAGAAGAAAUCAUCAUCAUUGUUGAUCAUGCAGCUUGCGUUCCAGAGUUUAGGUUUGGCGUUUGGCGAUUUGGGUACAUCCCCUUUGUAUGUUUUCUACAACACAUUUCCUCAUGGACUGAAACAUGAAGAUGAUGUAAUUGGGGCUCUUUCUCUGAUUAUAUACUCGCUUACUCUCAUUGCUCUCCUCAAAUAUGUACUGGUGGUAUUGAGGGCUAAUGAUAAUGGGCAGGGUGGAACCUUCGCUCUUUACUCUCUACUCUGCAGACACGCAAACAUUAAAACCAUAGCAAACCAGCAUCAUACAGAUGAAGAGUUGACAACAUAUAGCCGCCGGACAUUUGAGGAGAACUCGCUAGCGAGAAAGGUCAAGUGUUGGCUCGAGUCAUAUGGAAUUAAUAAGAAUGUGAUUCUUUUUCUUGUCCUUAUUGGAACGUGUAUGAUGAUUGGAGAUGGAAUUCUUACUCCAGCUAUAUCAGUUCUAUCAGCAGCUGGUGGGAUCAAGGUGAAUCACCCCAAGAUGAGUACUGAUGUGGUCAUACUUGUUGCUGUUAUCAUCUUGAUCGGAUUGUUCAGCCUGCAACGUUAUGGAAUCGAUCGAGUUUCUUGGCUUUUUGCUACUAUCGUAUUCUUAUGGUUCAUAAUAAUUGGAUCAAUUGGCGCAUUUAACAUUUGGAAAUACGACAGUUCUGUUCUCAAGGCCUUCUCACCCAUAUGCAUAUUCCAUUUCCUUAGGAGAGGCCCCCAUGGUUGGACUUCCCUGGGAGGGAUUAUGCUAAGUAUUACAGGAAUUGAAGCAUUGUUUGCAGACCUUUGUCAUUUUCCUGUACUUGCCAUUCAGCUUGCAUUUACUCUACUUGUUUUUCCUUGCCUUCUGUUGGCUUAUAGUGGACAAGCAGCUUACAUUAUGCAGAACCCAGGGCACGUUGCUGAUGCUUUCUAUCGAUCUAUUCCAAGCAUUGUCUAUUGGCCGGUGUUUAUUGUUGCAACAGCAGCAGCUAUAAUAGCUAGUCAAGCCACCAUAUCAGCUACAUUUUCCAUCAUUAAGCAGGCAGUAGCACUUGGUUGUUUUCCUAGAAUCAAGAUUGUCCACACUUCAAAGAACUGUUUUGGUCAUAUAUACAUUCCGGCGAUUAAUUGGAUCCUUAUGGUUCUCUGCGUUGCGGUGACUGCCAGGUUCAAAAACAAGACUCAAAUUGGAUUAGCAUAUGGAACUGCAGUUGUGAUAGAUAUGAUGGUGACCACACUACUCAUGAUCUUGAUCAUGCUGCUGGUAUGGCGGAGCAACUGGAUCCUUGUGUUCGCCUUCGGCAGCCUUUCUCUCACUGUGGAGCUCACAUAUUUCUCCUCUGUAAUACUGAAAGUCGACCAAGGUGGAUGGGUACCUCUUGUUAUCGCCGCCACAUUACUCAUUAUCAUGUAUGUUUGGCAUUAUGGGACCAUGAAACGCUACGAAUUCGAAAAACAUAGCAAAGUAUCCAUGGCAUGGAUCCUUGGCCUUGGCCCCAAUCUUGGCCUUGUUCGUGUCCCCGGAGUUGGCUUCGUGUACUCCGAACUGGCUAGUGGUGUGCCUCACAUCUUCUCCCACCUCAUUACAAAUCUUCCUGCAAUCCAUUCCGUUGUGCUCCUUGUCUGUGUCAAGUUUCUUCCCGUUUAUACGGUUCCGGUAGAGGAACGCGUCCUCGUAAGAAGAAUUGGCCCCAAAAACUUCCACAUGUUCCGCUGCGUCGUGAGAUACGGUUACAAGGAUCUUCAUAAGCAAGACGAUGACUUCGAGAAGAUGCUCUUUGAUAGCAUCUCCGUCUUCGUUCGGCUCGAGUCAAAGACGGACUAUUCCGAUUCUGAUGACUUGAGCCUUGAUAUGGGGCAGCAGAACACCUCAAAAUCUAUCACCCUUAAUACAACCGAUGAUGUAGAGUCUCUCACUGCUGAUUCAAUUGUGGAGAUCACUGAUUCAUCGCAGCUCGACUCUGUAGAUCGUUACACAGACAAUGUGAGAGAAACGACGAGCCGCAAUGGAGAGGAUGAACUGGCUUUCUUGAACCAGUGUCGGGCUGCCGGGGUGGUGCACAUCCUGGGAAACACUAUUACUAAGGCUAGGAGGGACUCUAGCUUCUGGAAGAGGGUUGCGAUUGGCUACAUAUAUGCAUUUCUCAGGAAGGUUUGUACAGAGAACAGUGAGAUGCUCCAUGUUCCUCAUGAGAGCAUGCUGAAUGUGGGACAGAUAUUCUAUGUGUAGUUUAUCGGAGUCUGCUUCAUAUGACAGAACUUGGACUCUUAAAGACUUUUAAAAGAAUCGGCAGGGGCUAGUCUUUGGAAUUGUGGCUGAAGAAACGAAAAUGGAAUAUUUUGAUCGAGUAUAUUUUUGAAGUACUGAGUUGCUUUGUUGUACAGGCGAGAGUGUAGGACCAUAACCUAACAGGUAUAUGUUGAAUUAUUUAAAAAUUUUUGUGGCAUUAUCUAUGUAUUAACUACACGUAUUACUGUCUCUUAAUCAAGG